CAGAGAGGCGCUCGCUCAGGCAGGAUCCCACGAAGAAGAAGCUGGCGGGCAGCGGGAUGAAAACAGGAAGUGAAGUUCUGAUGAAAACAUGAAAACUUGGCGGGUUUUGGAUAACGUUUCUGUUUUUAAAGGUUCUGAAGAGGCGAUGGAGGGAAACCUGCUGGAGGUGGACCGUUAGAACCGGAACCAGAACCUGCUGAAAGGGUCCAGAUUCAGCCGGUCCAGGUCCUGCUCCUGAUCUUGGUUCUGGUCCGGUUUCUGACCUGCGGGUCUCAGCGGAGAUGGCGGGCCGCGGCCGCAGGACGAUGAGUUUUAGCGUGGACUCUGUGGGGAUCAGCAGAGGAGAGACUCUCCCUCCAGCUGUGCAGCAGCCCACACCUGUGUUCCCCGUGAUGGAGCAGAAGCCCCUCCCCCUGACAGGUGGGGAGGAGGCGGAGUACCUGACGGCGCUGAAGCAGGACUUCAGAGGAGCCAUGAGGAGUCUGCCGUGCUUCAUCCAGCCGGCUGCUGCACACAGAGAUGUGGAGCGAUACUCCGAUAAAUAUCACCUCAGCGAGAAGAAGGAUGGCCUCACCGACUGGAUCAUAGACUGGAAGAGAUUCCCCAAAGAGCUGCGGGUCCACAUCAGCAAGCCCCCCAGAGACGGGGGAGCACUCACCUGCCUGGGCGGUGCGCCAGCAGGACAGAAGAAGAAGAAGAAGGUCGGUGAGAAAGAGGAAGUGCUGCUGAAACUGGAGACGCUGGAGAAGAAGGAGGAACAGGAGAGCUCCGAGGAGGAGGGGGAGGAGAAGAAGAAGCAGAAGGAAGAGGAGGCCGAGGCUGAAGAAGAGUAUGAUGAAGAGGAGUUUGAGGAGGAGACCGAUUAUAUCAUGUCGUACUUUGAUAACGGUGAGGACUUUGGAGGAGACAGCGACGACAACAUGGACGAGGCCAUCUACUAAAACAGUGACUCUCUGGGGCCAUGGUUCUGUUUCUGACCCAACUGUGGGUGAUCAGUUUUAUCUGAGUGUUCUUAAUGUUUUGUACAAAUGUUUUUCAUUAUUUUCUUGCUGUUGGGGAAAAUAAACAUGAUGCUUGGAGAGGUUCUGACCCAGAAA